GUUCACUCCGAGUCCGAGAGACCGCGGGGAAGAGGAGCGCAUAGAGCCGCGAUAACACACACACACAAUACACACUCUCUACACACAGGCACACACUUUCUCUCUCUCUCUCUCUCCGACACUCGGGCGCAGCGGGCAGGCCGCCGACAGUCCCCUGGCCGGAGGUGCGUGCUGCCCGGGUAGCGGCGGGCCGCUCUCUCGCACGGAGAGAUGUUUCAGCUCCCUGUGAAUAACCUCACCCGGCUGAGGAAAGCCAGGAAAAAGGUGAAGAGGCUGUUGAGUGAUAUCGGGCUGGACUACUGCAAGGAGCACAUAGAGGAUUACAACGAGAUUGACUCUGAUGAGUUCUAUUCGAAACAUUAUUACCUUGAUCUCUGUUUGUGGGAUCCAUCCUGGACAAAGUCACAGGACUAUAGAACAAAGCAGUUUUGCUGCUCAGAUUGUCCCUUUGCCUCCAAGUACUUCUCUGCGUACAAGAACCACUUUCGUAACGUUCACAGAGAUGACUUUGAGAACCGCAUUCUGCUCAACUGCUCGUACUGCAUGUACAGCGGCAACAAGAGGACCCUGGAGACGCACGUCCGGCUUUUUCACAUGCCACAGAACAUCGUGCGACAGGGCAUCGCCGGCCCGCAGGCGUCUGCGGUGGGUGUUAGAGAUGGCGUACGUGUAGACAAGCCUAUGCUGACUGACAGGAAGGAGCUGCCGGUGUACUACUGCAAGAAGUGCACCUUUCGGGACCGACUGUACAAUGUCGUGCGCAGGCACAUUUACAGGGAGCACUUCCAGCAUGUUGCCACGCCUUAUGUAGCCAAAAACUCAGAGAAGCAGGACAACAGUGAAGCAGCAACUGCAAACAGCCAUGGGAUUCAUUGUAAAAGUUGUCUCUUUGUUCCUCGGUCUUAUGAGGCGCUGGUGCAGCACGUCAUCGAGUUUCACGAACGCAUUGGCCAUCAAGUGACUGCUAUGAUCGGCCACACCAACGUUAUAGUGGCGAGGCCACAGGCCAGCGUUAUUCAGAGGGGUGCUACCAUAACCCCCGGUUUACCUCCACACAUGGCUUCAUCAGUAAACCGUUUUAAUAUGCCCAAAGCGAUGGGCAUGUCUGUGGGUAACCAUUACAAGCAGGGUGUGGCAGGAAAUUCAGUAACUGCUCAAACAGUGCACAUUACACUACCUGACAAAGCUCUGAUGUCCGGCGCCGCCUCGCAGACACAUACUGGAAAGCAUAUGGGUGGCUUUGGGGGCAAUUCCUCUUUCUCACCCACAGUGAAGUCCCUACCUCUCUCUUCAGUGCAUGCUGCUACUGCCACCCUGACCUCAAUGCAGGCCAAGAAGGCUUCAGCUAACGCGCUGAACACUUCACAGACACAGAAGUGGAAGAUUUGCACGAUCUGCAAUGAACUCUUCCCAGAGAGUGCGUACAGUGCUCAUUUUGAAAAGGAACAUCAGGCUGAAAAGGUGAGGGCUAUGGCCAAGUACAUCAUGAAGAUCCACAAUUUCACAAGCAAGUGUCUGUACUGUAACCGCUACCUGCCAAGUGACUCCCUGCUGAACCACAUGCUAGUGCACGGACUGACGUGUCCACAGUGUCACGCUACCUUCUAUGAGGUUGAAACUAUAGUGGUGCAUAAGCGACAGGCUCACCCGAAUGAGCCGGGUGAGACUCCUGCUGGCUCCCCACUGACUUUUGACCUCACACUUCAACAAGGCAGUCCUAAGAAUGUGCAACUCAUCAUUACCACCUACAACAUGAAGGAAGCUUCAGAGGCAUCAUCUGCAGCUGGGCAACCACCGAACAGUGCUGUCGCGAGGUCUUCUAUUCCUAUGAAGGGGCCGGAGAAACACAAUGAGUCGCUGAUGAGGAACGCGUCCCAGAACGCAGUAUCCCAAAAGAAAGAAGUUGGGAAGACGCUUUGUCCACUGUGUUUCACCAUCCUCAAAGGCCCCAUAUCUGACGCCCUGGCACACCACCUCAGAGACCGGCACCAGGUGCUUCAAACGCUGCACCCUGUGGAGAAAAAGCUCACCUACAAGUGCAUCCACUGUCUAGGUGUGUACACAAGCAACAUGACCGCUUCCACCAUCACGCUUCACCUGGUGCACUGCCGGGGGGUUGGGCAAAGUCCCAAAGGUCACGGCAGCAAGUCCAUCUCUACGUUGCGCUCAAGUGGGCCGGGCUCUCUCAAGCGAGAACUUAUCGCCUCCGAUGCUAUUGAUCCUAAAAGGAGGAAGAUGGUGGACCAAAGCAGGUACUAUCCUACAGUGUUUGUAGAGAAGCCAGAAGAACCAGUCGUUCUUGCCUUGGAUCCCAAAGCUCACGCGGAAGAAUCCUACGAGGCGCGGAAGUCUUUCCUCACUGCUUACUUCAACCACCGUCCUUAUCCAUUACAGCGUGAGGUGGAGAAGCUAGCUGCUAGUCUCUGGCUGUGGAAGUCUGAUGUGUCCAGUCACUUCGCCAAUCGCAGAAGAUCGUGUGAACGGGACUUUGUUACUCGUAAACCGGUAGUGUUACUGGGGUUUAACAUGCGAGAAGUGAACCAGAUCAAACACGACAUGAGUUUUGACCCUGAGUGGCUGUUUACAGUCAGUCAUGAGCAGAAGAGUGGAGUCUCAAGGACCUCCAAACUGAGACUGAAGGAGCCUAUUGGUUUCUGUGCUGAGGAGGGCGCCAGAGCGCUCCAAAUCAGGGGCUCCAGACCGGCUCUUAACACUGGACAAAGCAGUCGGAGUAGUAACUGUGCCUUUAACCCGAGUCCUGGAACUUCUUCAGAACCGAUAUCCAUCGAUUCUGAUAGCGAGUCAGACCCAGACGAGAUGGCGGUGGAGAUUAUGAAACCCAAACCACAGCAAGCGGCUUCAUUUCGGCCUUCCUUAACGCAGACCCAGACGAAGGGGGCUGGGCUGAGGGAGGGUUUCCUGUAUGAUAGAGGAGACGGAAGAGUGAGCAGAACUCCUGGCAGAGGAGAAGGAAAGAUGCUGGAUGGUUCUGUCUCUAAUUCCAGGCCUGAAGAUGUGAUUUGGACGGGCAGUGUGUCCCCGAAUCAGAGUCACUACAGACCGGCCGGCCGCUUUGAGGAGAAGGGGAAGGAGGUGGGGCUGCUGGGUAGAUGAUGUAUUUCUCUCUCAGCUCUAGAGUUCAACUCCUUCAGUCUUAGGUCAGAACUUUUACCUCAGUUUGACCUCAAACCGCAUGAUGAAUAAAACUGAAAACAUUCAAAGUGGAACUGUGGUACAACCUUACCUAAAGAAAGGUUUACUGUCGUCUUGCCUGCUGUGAAAAAGCAGCGCAGAUUAGCAUAAUGUAAUAUUCUUCUUCAUACAUAGUCCCCCCGGUGAUUCUUUUCUUUUCUAUGUUACACGGCCCUCUGUAUUUAAUCACACAGUUGUAACAAAAUGGAUAGGUCUGUUUCUCUUUGAACAAAUAAAAUUGACAUUGUAUGUUACUAAA